AUGGCGACAGCGUUCGCAUUUUCGGUGCCUUCUCUCUUUCAACAUCCAGUGAGCCCAAGCCUUUCAAAAGGGCAAGCUCCUCCAUCUUCAGCCUCUUCAACUCUGAGCACCUCGGCGGGCUUCCUUGCUUUCCUCGCUGGCUCCACUGGCGCAGUCAGAAGCGUAGAGCGAAGCGCUCGACGUUUGUCUUCUCGGGCGAAGUCGGAGAAGACGGAGAAAAAGAAAAGGGAACCCUUUAGCAACAAAAUCCGCACGGUCUUCGGCCAGAUCUAUUCCAUCUUUGCUUUGCCUUUUGGUGGUGCGGGCAACUUCGCGCGGGUCGACCAGGGCUCCGUGGGAGUGGUCCUGCGCUUUGGGAAGUUUGAUCGCAUGCUGGAGCCGGGCCGACACCAGUUCAACGUGGCGGUGGAACAGGUCCUCGUCGUGCCGUUGAAAAUCGCCUGUAUCGAUGUACAGCCGCAGAUGGUGAUGACCAAGGACAAUCUCACCGUGACCAUCGAUGCGGUCUGCUUCUACCGUGUGCUGGAUGCGACCAAGGUGCUGUUUGAAGUUCAAAACUACAAGCAGGCCUUGACCAACCUGGUCCAGGUGACCAUGCGCACGGUGGUGGGGGAGAAUUCCUUGAGUGAGAUCUUUGCCCAGCGGCCCCGUUUGAAUGCGCGCAUCACCGAGUUGAUUGAUGCAGCCACAGGGCCUUGGGGCAUUGAAGUGAGCCAGGUGGAGCUCAAGGAAGUGCAGAUCCAGCAGUCCAUGCAGCGGGCACUGGCUGCCGUGGCUGAAGCACAACAAGAGGCCGAGGCCAAGUUGAUCCAAGCAAAGGCGCAGCGCGAGUCGGCCUCGAUCCUCGCAGAGGCUUCGAAGGCCAUGGGAGAAGACCCUGCGGCGCUUCAGCUCCAGUGGUUUGAGACGCUGCGGAUCAUUGCCACCCAGGGCAAGAACGCCACGGUCAUUGUGCCCGAUCGGAUCGACCCGGAAAGUGCCUUGCGAGUUUCCAAGGACGGACAUGAUGUGAGCCAAGCAGCUUCCUUCUUGGAGCAUUUGUCCCACUCGUGUCCCUUAAAAGAGUUGGACAUCUCAUUGAACCACAUCGACUACAAAGCGGCCAUGGUCUUGGAGGACUUCUUGUCGCAGAACUCGCGCUUGACGGCUUUGGAUUUGUCGGAGAACCCUUUGGGACCAGUGGGGCUGCGGAGCCUCAUCCGACUGCUGGUGCGAGAGGAGUCGGGCUUGGACCGGCUGCGCUUUGAAGGCUGCGCCAAGGGAGAGCAGCCCUCGGCCAUCGCAGAUUUGCAGUUCAUCAGCACCAGCAAUCCUGGUGGCCGCUACUCGCUGCAACUCGACCGACCGGAUCACCGCUCAGUGUUGAGGAUGCUCUAUAAGACCUGCGAGCGCUUGGGGAUUAGUCCGGCCGAGGCCUUCUCGCAGCUCAGCUACUCCAAAGGCAACUAUUCGCAUCCAGUACGUAAAGAUGGCGUCUACGAAGUUUGCACGGAGGGCAGGCUUCAAACAACCUUCAAGGUAGAGAAGGCCAUUCAUCCAUUGAUGAAGGUGGAAGACGAUGCCUUCGAAGACUUCUUCCAUCAGCGCAAUGGGCUCAUGAGGCUCUAUCCAUCAGAGAGGAAACAAUUGGUGCUCUUCAACGCAUGGAGGAAUGUGGUCAAUGUGGAUCCAGAUCAGGCAGUCUUUCUAAAUGCCUUGGCACGCGAUAUCCACCUGCCCUUUGCCCUAGUGCAACAGAUGUGCACCUCGUGCCACAACUCUGCAGAGGUGGUCUACAGGCUCUUCCCCUCCUUUGCAUCGUACGCUACCCAGAAGUGUCUCCUCUUAAUGAAGAAUGUGCGCUCCAUCACCGAUGUGACUCAAAUCUUGGGCUAUGUCUCCAAGAUGAUGUUCUGCAACAUGGAGAACCCCACGGGUCACUACAGGCUUGAUCUCUCAAAUCCUGCAGACUAUACCACAGCACAGAACCUGGUCUUGCUGGACAGCUGGGAGAUGUCUGUGAAGCGUCGGCAAGGUAAAGUGGAUGUCUCCCAGACCGGCAAUGGCUCACAGGCUUCUCAGACCUCGCUCUACCUGAGCUGCGUGUACGAACGAUGGGCAUUCAAGAGACGCAUGGUGGCCUUGCAGGAAGCGAGGAAGAGGCGCAACGUGUGCGUGAGGGUGCUGAACGGCAGAAGCCGGAGGAGCUUGGAGCAGCAGGCCGUACUCAGCAACCGCUCUCAGCACGAGUCGGUCUUGGAGAGCGGGAUGAACUCGGUGCCCGCGCCCCCAGACGCGGCACCUCAGGCAGCAUCCAUUCCAGCCAUGCCAGCGGUGCCGGUGUCUAUGCCCCAUGUGACUCACGAAGGAGCUGCGGAGCCACUGCUGGCCUAUACAGACAUCCCUCCCUUGACGGAGGCGCAGGAACGGGCGCACGCGCUGUUGGAGGCAUCCGGACGCUUCUUGCCAUUGCCCAGCGAUGUACCCAAGCCCAGGAGGUAUUCGCCCACCACGCAUUACGUGCACAAGGACCCGAAUGGACAACCCUACUAUCCGGUAGAACCUGCGCGCUCGUUCGAUGACCCUGGUGCUUUUGAGCGCUACGACGUGGACACUUUGUUCUUCAUUUUCUACUACCAGCAGGGCACCUAUCAGCAAGACCUCGCGGCCAAAGAGCUCAAAAAGCUCAAUUGGCGAUACCACACCAAAGGCCAGAUGUGGUUCCAGCGCCAUGAGGAACCCCGAAUGAUCACACAAAAAUUUGAACGUGGUACCUAUGUUUGCUUCGAUCAUGAAACAUCGAACCAGCGAUUGAAGCAAGGCUUCAUCUUUGAGUAUGUUUGGUUGGAAUCCGCAGAUGUCUAA